AUGGUCAUGCCGAUUCUUCAGUCGCCGUUGCUAUGGCAAGCACUGAGCGCAGUCCUCCUUCUGUGCAUCCUGGUACAGCAAUUCAGCCUACAACCGUUCCCCAUUAGAGCGAAGCAGAUAUCUAGCGCGCUUGAGCACGGAGAUGAACAGACAAUUGGAAAAGAUACUGGAGCCUGGUCGUACGACUGGGCACGCGACCACGAUAAUCUAAAUCUCAAUGUCGAACAAUGCGAUGCUGCCUUUCCGGAGCUAUACGACGAGGUCGAUCGCGCCGUGCAGUACUGGGGCGAGUCAGGCCGCAAAAUCACCUCUGAAAGCAUAGAGCUAGUCGGUGGCAACGAUGGAGGCGUACGAGGCUUGAUCGCGGGACAGCAGCUGCGCAUAAUCCAGACCAGAGGACUGGGCCGCAAGGACUUUCGACAUCGCAUUAUUGCCGUGUUGCAGCAAAUACAGACCGCUCUCAACGCUGCUCAGAGCGCCGGUCAACCUUUGCCUGAUGUUGAAUUCACUGUCGUUGUGGACGACAAGCCUGUCGUGGGCGAGAAGCCAAGGGCGCUAUGGGGGUUCACACGAGCAUUUGCAAACCCACGGCAUGACAAUGUCUGGGUCAUACCAGACUUCCAUUUCUUCGGCGCCCCACCGGAAGCUGAAGGAUGGUCGUUGCAACAAUCAAAGUCCAGAGAGCAUGAUGGCCCAUUGGAUCAGAAAAUCGCCAAAGUUGCAUGGCGAGGUGUUGCGUGGACGAAUCCAGAAGUACGUGAGCCGUUGUUGAACGUGACAGAAGGCAAGCCAUGGGCAGAUGUUGUCCAGAUGAGCUGGGACAAAAAAGACUCGGUGAUACCCAUGGCAUCGUUUUGCAAAUACCGCUAUGUCGUCAACACGGAAGGGCGGUCUUGGUCUGCGCGCAUGACACAUCUGCUGAACUGCGACUCCUUGCUCAUGGUCCACGACGUGGAAUGGAUAGCACACUACUACCACCUGCUGGACACCGACACGAAUUGUGUCCGAGUGGAGAGAGACUUCUCAGACCUGGAGGAAAAGAUCAAGUAUUACAACGAGCAUCUGGACGAGGCACAGAAAAUUGCGGACACUGCGAAAGCGACAUUCCGUGAGCGAUACACAACGCCUGCUGCGACAGCUUGUUACUGGCGGAGACUGCUGCGCUCAUGGGCUACUGUCGCAUUCAAACCGAAGACCACUGAGAUGACCAAAGUCAAGAAUCGGCUCAGCUCGACCGAAAAGCUGCGCGGGAUUGCUUUCGAACAGUUCAUCGUGCAUGACAACACGAAAGACUACCCUUACAAGUAG